GAAAAGUUCGGGGAAGAUGCUGUUGAGUUGCCUACUUCCGCACGAAGUGAUGUGACUGUCAUCCCGUCCCCACUACCCCAGACAGCCAGCAAACCCCGCCGACCCGCCCCUCCCAUCCCACUGGCUACCACUGAAGGUCUACAAAACCUAGACCUCAAGAACAACACGAGUCCAGGUGGUAGAACACAGGACGAUAGUGGGUGGGUGUCACUGAAGACCUCUAGCGGAGGACAGCGGAACAUCGUUAAGACAAUGACGUCCCGACCGGCGGGCCCACCACCACCCAUACCGGACCGGCAGAAAUCACCCUCAAACUGAGCAAAAACGGUUUUAAUGAUAUUAGGUCAAAAGAACUUCAUCGCAGAUUCGUAGUACAGUGUCAAAAGGGGUAUUCCACUCCAGAAUUGAGUUUUAUUUUCCGAUAGAUAUCAAUCCUUGGUAUUUUCAGAUAGAGAUAUCAAUUCUAGGAAGUACUAAAUGCAUACUACUUCACAUUAUACGAUAUCAAAAGUACCCAUUAGCCCCACGCAUGCGAGAGAGUAUUCAGUAUUACAAUAAACUCCCUAAUUACUCUCUCAUUAGAUCAAUUUAUCUCAGCCUAUGCAUAUGGUUGAAUACAAUGUGAUAACGCCUUACUAAAGUUAAGUUACAAAACAAAUUUUCUGGGCGAUAAGAGAAACUCGUCUUAAUCAUCAUGUGUUCUUCGAUAUCUUAUGAGCAAUUGGAAUUUUUGGUGUGCUUAUAAAUACGUCCAUCAUUGGGUAGGGUCUACAUUGGUUUAGUGAGUGUCAUAUUGUUUUACAAAACCCACCUCGCGCAAUUCACCACAAGUGGAAUUCCAUAAAAAGGUCGGCUGAUUAUAUAUCAAUUGAUACAUUAUCUGUCGGUAAAUUAGACUCCCUUCUGGAGUGGAACGCAGAUGUAGCACAACUACCUGCUCUGUGACAAAGUUUGUGAGAAAAUCCCACUUUCCCUGCACCUGUUUGUCCUAAUGCAAACUGCACACAGUGUUACACACACAUGCACCACGCAUAGACAAGGCAAACAUCCCUCACACAUGUUUACACCAUACCACAGACGGUCCAAACAAGCCGCUAACAUACACGGAACUUCCUGUGUCAUUGGCAUUUAUUGAUGUGUUUGACGUUCGUUAAUGGUAACCUACUUUAUAUCGAUUUAUUUGUAACUAGCGUACGUCUGAGAUUGUUUAGCCUGUAUCACUGAAUAUUGUAUUUUCAACAAGACGAGUGGACAAUAUUUGCGUUACCGUAGAUUGCGUAUUUAUUGAUGUUUUAUGGGGUGAUGUAGGGUUUUAUAGUAUUGACGGAACAGGGUGAUUCAGGUAAGGUUGCUUUUAACAACUGUUCGAGAAAUUUUAAGGAUACAAAAUUUGUCACAUUUUCGUGAUGUCGUGAAUACGUCAGUUAAGGCUUCUUCAAGAAAUGUACACAUAAUUAUCAUAUAAUAAUAAAAGAUGCAGUUUCAAUUGAUAUUGUUUUCUACUUCAGACCUAUUAAUGUGUGUGCUUAGUCUUCCAGAAGGGAAAUAUAUGCAAUGUAUACAUCGUCCUAAGCCGGGAGCAUUAUUCGAUCUUUUAGCCCCCAAACCCCAUUUUUUUCCAUCUUGACCAGGGUUUACAUACAACAUGAGUGUUAUUUGUCCCAAUUCAAUAUUGCUGGGUUCGAGGGUACCAGACAGGCAACAAACGUCCUAGAAGUGGACUUUAGCAAGUAGCGUGCCAUGGCAUGUAUGUUUAGGCUUUUCUUACAUACACUCUUGUAUCCAGGCUGCGACCAACCUUUUUAGUCAACGAAAUACACUUUAUUGACAUUUGGGUGCCGGCCCUCUUUUGUGGCACUCGGUUACGAAAGAAUGCAUGGACGGUGCAGUUGUAGCAGAGUAUUCACUGGGCAAACAGAGACUAUUGCGAUGCACACGUAGUCAAACAGAGGGUAUCAUAGAGAACUUGUUUUCUGUGUACGGUGAUCGCAGAUUUGUCUCAACGGAUGGACGACAAAGUUUCAGUGCAUUUAUGGAGAUAGGUGUGUCCUGGUUGCGAUUGUAAAACGGCCCACUGUUCUGACGUGCCCGGUGGAAUUUAUGACCUUUUGGUAAACAAGGCUUGGACUUAGAACUUCUUCCCAAAAUAUAGCGUUCUGCAGAGUAGUGCCGUGUAUUCUUCCAAGAUGGCUACCUGGCGGAAACCGUUAACGUCGAACGUGCGCCAACCGGCUACAGUCGGAUACCGGGCCCCGCCGAUGAAGAAGGUAGCGUCACUGGGUCUGAACAUCUCUCGAGAUGUCCCGAACCUUCUGGAACAGAUAUACACCAGCAAACAGGGUCGGAAACGGGUGCAGAAAGUGGAGACUGUAUUGAUCCACCGUGUGGGGGAGAGCUCGAGCGACUCCUGUGCUCCGCUGGAGUAUACCGCCAGUUUUGAGGCCUCCCAUCCCGCCUACACCUGUCUACUGCCUACCAGUGCGGAAACGAGUGACUACCAAGAUUUGUUACCGCCUUCCAAUGUGUCCAAGGACUCCCCAUCAACUUCUAAACCUUCGACAGACAACGAAACGGUCACAGAAGAUGGCAACAAAGAUGAACAAAUCUCUGAUGAAGAGCAGAGAGACGUGGAUGCCAAAGAUGAUGCAGUCGGACAAGAUACUGUAUCAGACACUGGAGAGAACAUGUCGUCCGCCUCGUUGGACGUAGUAAGAAACUCGGAGGAAGACACGACUUUCCCUACUAGCAGCAUUUCUCUCAGCCCGGAUAAGUACGAUCCGGUGGGACCGGAAGAAAUCAUCCUCCACGAGCAAGCUGACGCCCUAGAACUGGAGAGGUUGACCGGCGCUAUCCUGACGUCCACACAGAAAACAGACGCAGGAGUCCAAAAGUCUAGCGAGAAGAGUCGCGACGACGUGUACGCUUUGGUGUCGGGAGAAGGGAAACACGUACCGAAGGACAUCACAGCCCUCCCCGUCAAGAAAACUCCCAGCAGGCGAGGUCCUCCGCCGCCCCGGCCCCCGAGGUCCAACUCACAGAAGCGCGUCCAUUUCGGAACCGUCGCGACCGUGGGAGAAGAAGUUCCCAGGGACAACUGGAAGGGCGACCGUCGGCAGCAGUCCCCGGGACAAGCUCCGGACCAGCAGAAGCCAGCAGGCCUAGUGAGGUACCAGUGAUGUGGUGUGCCUACCCAACCUUACACGGGGAGGGACAACUGCGGACCGCAAAGCUUUCCUCCCCAAGCUAAGCCCUGACCAUUCGCAGAUGUCAAAGUUCGUCCAAAAGAACAAACAGGACUAUUGACCUUAUGUAACAAUUCUUUUCGAUAUCAAAAUAGGCCCAAAAUCUUCUUUUCUGAUUGAUCAAUUACGCCAAAAUUAAGAUAAGAAUAGAUUGUACAAGCUUACAAACGAUCGCCAUUAAAUGCCAUGAACGAUGUUAAACUGCUUUAGAUAUAACGCUAGUACACCUUUAUCGGCGAGAGCAACCUAUAUCCGUUGAUUUAAAAUAAAAAGAGUAUUUAGGAAUAUCAAGUUGAUGGACGGUGGUUUUAAACUGCUAUCUAAAGUAUUGCGAUUUGAAACCGCCUAUUUUUGAAAACAACGGAUAUAGGUUACCCCGCGGAUAAAGGUGAACUUAAGUUACACUGAAUCGGUUUUAAUGUUUGCAUCAAAGCGAUAAUGCACUGCCACAUACUCUAUAACUCCGCCUAGCUUUUGACAGCAAAGUUAUGAAUCAUGUCACCAAAUGGCUUUUGCUUUCAAUAAAAGAAAUCCAUAUGCUGAAA